AUGGGUCUGUGCGGACUGGUGACAGUGAACGCGGGCGGCGUCCGUACCAUGUGGCAGCCGGUGGUGGGCGAGGCCGAGGGCCGCCUGCCCUGCGCCCGCUCCAAGCACGCCGCCUGCCUGCUGGACGGUGCCAUCUUCGUGCUCGGCGGACGCAACGGCAACCUGCCGCUGCGCGACUUCUGGCGGCUCGAUCUCGACGGGGGCCAGUGGGAGGAGGUGCGCGCCGAGGGCAGCCGGCCGCUGAACCUGCAGGAGCACACGAUGGUGGGCUGGCAGCACCAGCUGUACGUGUUCGGCGGAGAGGUGGGCUUCUCCAGCGGCGCCGAGACGCCUCUCUGGCGCUACGAUACCAAGUCGAACCUGUGGACCAAGCUGUCGUCGAGGCCGACGCCUGCCCGCGGCGGCCAGCGGGCGUCGCCGCCGACCGCCCAGAGGUCACCCAGGGGCCUGCGGGGUCACUCGGCCGUGGUGCACGCCGACGCCAUGUACCUGUACGGCGGCUACCGCGACCUCUUGGGCUCCACCGGUGAACUCUGGCGCUAUGAGUUCGCCUCGGGUCGGUGGGAGGAGCUGCGCACGGGGCCCGGUCCGGCCGAGGGACGCCACGCCCACUCGGCCGUCGUCCACGACAGCGCCAUGUGGGUGUUCGGCGGCAUGACCGACCUGACCGAGCGCGCCGACCUCUGGAAACUCGACCUCGACUCGCUGCUGUGGACGGCACUAACAGGCGUGCUGUGUUGCCGACUCGCUGCUGUGGCCGGCGCUAACAGGUGUGCUGUGUUGCAGACUCGCUGCUGUGGACGGCACUAA